GGACUUACAUGUAAUUUUGGAAAACAACAGCACCUCACAGAAAAACCUGAAAUAGUAACACCCCAUAGAUGCCACAAGCCGAGCCCUAAAUAGCAAUGAUGCGAACGCGAAAAAUUUGCGCCCAAAAAUUACAAAGAGAUCAAGGUGAAUAACCCUAACUGUGCGCCUUGGAGUCACUGCUUCAGAACGUUUAUUUGCGCAAGGAGUUGCCAUUGUUGCUCGGGUAUGUGUUUACCGCAUGCGUGGACGUACUUCAUUCCCUGGUUCGGUUUAUGAGCGAUUUUUGCAUAGUAUGUUCGUGCUGGAAUGAAAUUUGGGGUUUUAUCUUCCUGAUUAUGCGUAAUUUAAAUUAAGUAGCAUCUUCAAUUUUUAGAUCCAAGCUUUCAAAUGCAAUGUAAUUGUAUCAGUAAAAGUUGUUAGUGUUAAAUUCGUCGAUAUCGCUUUAGAUCUAGGAAUUAGUGGACGAAAAUGAAAUGCAUUGGCAUUUGAUCUAUCACCUUUUGCCUUAUUAUUUUGAAAAUCAUUUUCAAAGCUUUUCAACAUUAAGCAAACGUGAGAAACAAGUUUAUGUGUAUCUUGUGCCAACCCUUAAUUUAACUUGAAUGAACAAUUUAAAAGAUACAGUAGAUAACAAGUUGAAGUAUAAACAAGGAGUUAAAACUGUUUAUUGAUCUGACUCUGAUAAAAGUAGUGCCCUUGAUGAUUGGAUAUAAUUAAACAAUAUACAUAACUAGUUUUAAAAACUACUCAUAUAAUGAACUGUAGCAAUGUCCAAGUUCUGUCGAUACAAUUUUUAUAUGCUGCACUGUCUUGUAAUAUUCCCUUGAAACUUAUAUUUGAGGGUAAAUUUCUAGUCCAUGAGCAAGCGUACGGAAAGAGGCCUCUGUUAGUUUAUUUGUAAGUACAUUUUUCUUAGAAGGCUCUUGUGCUUAUUCACUGGUUUUUUUUAAUGUGUCACGUUGCAUCUCGUUUUUCCACGGAUUGCUUCCUGGUGGAUAACCAAGCAUAGUGCCAAAAUCUCAAGUGAGUCUUGUUUGUUAGCCAGACUGUUCUUAAAAAGCUAUUUCAGGCCAUUUUGCUGAUAAUAGAUAUCAUGUCAAAGAAGACCUCUGAUAUUAUACAUGUUUUCCAGGACCAUUUAUUCCAUGGUCUAAAGAAGUCUGAAUAAGGUGAAUGAAUCAGUUUAUGACAAUAUUGUCUCAUUUCAUGACAUAUGCUUUGUUUAUGAUAGAUGUCAAGCGCUUGGACAAUUAUGAGCUUUGCAAUCAUACAUAGGGAUGUAGAAUGGGAGUGGGAGAAGUCAGAGUGGAGUUUUUGGUAUAUUUAUAUAAUUGGAAGUACUUGCUCACUAUCUGAAGAGCUUUUGAUCUGGCAAAAAAUUAGAGGAUGAGGAGAUCAUAUUUUAUUUCGAAUAUAUAAUUGCUUUGGAGUAUCUUGGAGCAUAUGAGCAGCGGAGCUUGUGGAGCACCGCUCACCUCAAGGAUUGCUCUCUUGGUUUGCUUCAUAAGUUUUGUUCUUCUUUGAUAUAUUCCCUCCUUGUCAAAUCAUUCAAAUGGUGAUGGAAGACAUAUAGGGUUACCUAAGCUGGCAUUGUUGACUGCCCUGAAAAAAUUUACCCCAUUCAUUAGUGUUUUCUAUCUGCAGAAGAAUUUUUCUUUGACUUCACCUGCAAAGAUCAAGAAUGAGUGGCCGUUUCUCCCGCACUAUCUAUGUUGGAAACCUUCCUGCUGAUAUCAGGGAAUCAGAAGUAGAAGAUUUAUUUUACAAGUAUGGCCGUAUCUUGGAUAUUGAACUGAAGAUUCCACCUCGUCCUCCUUGCUAUUGUUUUGUAGAGUUUGAGAAUGCUCGGGAUGCAGAAGAUGCAAUGAGGGGCAGAGAUGGCUAUAACUUUGACAGCUGUCGUUUGAGGGUUGAACUUGCUCAUGGUGGUAGAGGACCAUCAUCCUCCAGUGAUCGUGGCGGUUAUAGUGAAAGGGGCGGAAGUGGCAGCAGUGGUGGCAGAUUUGGUAUGUCCCGCCAUUCUGAUUAUCGAGUGAUUGUCCGUGGGCUUCCUUCUUCUGCUUCUUGGCAAGAUUUAAAGGAUCAUAUGCGGAAAGCUGGUGAUGUGUGUUUUGCCGAAGUUUCUCGUGAUAGUGAAGGAACAUAUGGCCUAGUUGAUUAUACAAAUUAUGAUGACAUGAAAUAUGCUAUGCGUAAGCUUGAUGAUAGUGAGUUCAGAAAUCCUUGGACCAGAACUUAUAUCCGGGUAAAGGAGUAUAAGGGCAGCCCAUCCAGAAGCCGAAGUGGGAGUCGCAGCAGAAGCCGAAGCCGAAGCCGAAGCAGAAGCCCGAUGAGGAGAAGCAGGUCAGUGGAGCGAUUGACUUCAAGAUCACCCCCAGUGUCGCCUGUUAAACCAUCCCGUUCCAUAUCGAGCUCUAGAUCAAGGUCCAAAUCGAGGUCUGCAUCCCCACUCCCGGCGAGGUCCGGCAGUUCCUGAUUUUAUUGGUGCAAUGUAAACACAAACGCAGAACUUUCGUGGCAUAUGAUUUGUGCCCGGACAAUGUGGCUUUAUACUGGAACUUCUUUCUUCAUUUGAAUAUUAUUAUAACUUGAAGUUGGGGAUGUUGUUGUUAUCGUUUUAGAGAUCUGGUUGAUUCACAAAUUGGUUUUCGCUAGAAAAGAUUUGUUUGGUUUGUUAGACAUUAUCCGCAUUUAGGAUUUGUAUCGAACAUGUCUGUCGAGCUGAAACAUUUUACAUGCCUGCAGUGUUUUAAGUGGGUUCUACACCUUGAAUAUUACUAAGAAAA